AUGGUAUCAGACUUAAGUAUCAGACGAUAUCGUCUACCACCACAAGGAGCGAACUGCCUGAAAGAAAACUCGAUAAAAGAUGGCUUAGUUGAGGUGACUGGUAUCUGCCGAAUCCCGACAUUCGGCUCCAGAAUCCCCCAGAUCCGGUCCCAGUUGAACGUCGCUGUCGAAGAAAUAACCGCCAAUCAUCCACCUGUCGAAGAAAUACCGAAAAUAACCGUCAAACACGUGGGCCAACGCGCGCGCGCGGGCGAUAAAGAAGGAAUCCUUCGCUUCGUCGGUACCGUCCGGUUCGCGAAAGGUACGUGGUGCGGCAUCGAACUAAACGCGCCGAUCGGUAAAAACGAUGGCAGCGUUUGCGGAGUGCGCUACUUCGCGUGUUCCGCCCGCUGCGGACUGAUGGCGCCACUCGCCAAAGUCGCUCUACUCGACGACGGUGCGGACAAUGACUCAGGACCGUACUCCAUGCUUUUCAUCGACCCCAAACACGACAGGAUUGCAAUCAGCGCGGACCAACACUUGAACGAACAGCUACCCAAAAACUUAACGUUCCUUCGAAAUCGAGAACCCACCAAUAACAAAAACGAUACGUUCGAAGUGUUGCAACAAGACAAUUCCACAUUCAACAUCCCAAAACCGCACGAAGAAACCUUCAAACAACCCACAGAGCUGAACAACACCCGAAUAAAAAAACUUAUCCUGAAUGAGACAGUAACCAAAGAUAACAGCAAGAAAAGAACAAACGAAACGUUUGAUUCGCCAAUUACAGGUCCAUCUGCAACGAUCUCAAAUACAAUCAAUGGUGCACAUGAUCACACAGACAUAAAUGUCAAUCUAACGUACCAACGAAACGAAAAAUCUUGCGACGAUCUCCUACAAGACAUUAGCGUAGAGGUGAAACGAAGACGAACGUCUAACUCCAAGAAUCAUUUAUCAGAAACAAUUGAAAAACCUUCAUCCCUUCCUCAACUAAGAAGUUCUGUGGAUGAUUUGGAACUCAAUAGAUUUACUAUUUCGACCCCCAUGCGCUCUGGUGUCAAAGAAACAACCUUCCGAAAACUUCGUAUCAGUUCUAUCCAUGCUGAACAGAAAACCAUCAAUGAUGAAGACUCCAAGCGAGACUCUCUAGAGCUCGACGAGUCCCUCGGGAUUCUAACCCCGUACGCAACCAGAUCACCUAGCUUAGAAUAUGAAGUAAACAUUCAAGAUAUUUUUCCCAAAGAACGAAAAUCGACUGAGCUACCAAGUUCUAAAGACGAGAGUGUCUUUCUAAACCAAUCGGCCAGUAUACCGAGUAGAACUAAGUCGCUCAACAUAGACAUUCCUUUUUCUAAAGAAACUAAACACGAUUUGCUUAGCCCAAACUUAACUAGCAUGACCGAUUAUAGCCUAGGCAUAAUAGACGAACAGAUCUUAUCGAAUGUGACUAUGAAAACCAACACUACGAUAAACAUGGAGCUGCCUUUAGAUUCUGUGGACAAGUCAAUGUUAGCGAGGAUAGAACAGACUCCUUCUCCUGAGGAACUGCCUUUAGAUCCCACUCCGAUUAUCGAGAGCGAUCCUAAAACAGAACCAUCGAAAUCCAAAACGAGCAGCUUCAUAACAAGCAUAACCAGUAUUACCAGCUUGGAUACUGGUUAUCAAGGGGAUGGAGAAAUGUCCAGGCCAGCCAGUAGGGGUGCCGAUAGUUCUCCUUUGACUAGGAGACCGUUGCCUAGACCUCAAACUAGGAGGCCAGAUCCCAUGACUGAUUCUGACUUCUACACAGAAAGCGAUGCAGAUAACCACGAAGAAAAUCCUUUGCGAGGGGACAGAAGAGCUCAGGUUAUCGACGGCACUCUCUAUGGAGUUGAUCCCCAGGCAGCUGCUGAUAUUUACGCGAAUAACCGAGAAAAUAUGGAUUCCAGUGGAAUAUUCACCGACAUAGAAGGUAACACUAGGAACGAGGAACAAGCUGAUGUAUCACCUUCAGACACUAGCUCAAAAACAAUCUCUGAGAAUAGUCAGAAUAACAUCAAGGAUGUGUUCGACAAGACCUUGGUGAAAAAGGAAUCGGAUAGUUCGAUGCUCAAGGAGAAUCCAAAGAAGAGGAAUGCUCCUAGUCCUGGUGUAUCUAGUCCUUCUAGUUUUUCCUCACCAAGGCAUGUCUCCAAAGAGGAAAACAUUGCUAAAAAGUACAAGAUGCCAAAGAGGGAUGUAGCUUCGAAGGUCAAGGCUAUGUUGGAGCCUAACCGGGUGCAACCUGAGAAAAAGUCUGUGAAGAAGCCUGUGGGAAGAUGGGAUGCGGUAAUGAACAAAAUCAGUAAGAGUGAACAGACAGUUCCGAAGAAGGAAAUCAAAUCGAAAGUGUUUAAUAACAUAAAUGUGAACACUGGUGUAUCGCCAAGGCAAAGUGAAUUGAAGAAAUCUGGGAGUAGAACUAUUAUGAACCAGAAAAGUCCAAAUAACAAGUUAAAAGUAGUACCUGGCUUGAGUAUUAAUGGAAUAAGUGCUUCAUCCCCUAAUUUGAGAAAGUCUGUAUCUGAUCGUCUGAAUCCAAAGUUACCGCUUGAUCGAACUGCUACACCAGUAAAUAGACCAGGAUCUGCGCAGAGCUUAGCUUCUUCAGAGAAACGGAGGAUUAGAAAUCGACCGAACAGUGGAACUUCUGUGAAAACAAUUGGCGGAAGCAAUGUGGGGAGCAGCAUUCACAGUUCCUUGAGCGAUUUGAGUGCUGCUACAUUACCUCCCACAAACAAACCAGGUAAAACAGACUUUUUCUUUAUACAGCUGUUGCAUGCUAUUGAUGAAUAUUUCAAGCAUCAUACUUAG